UUUAAAUUUCUUUGACUAUUAAGUUGAUACGCGCUGUAUGGCUGAAUAGGUUUAUAAAUAUUAAUUUAUAUUUCCGUGAUUAUACAUAUAUCAUUAGUAUACUCUUCAAGUAAACAUAUAGCAGUGGGUAUACCAAGAACGCAGUAAAUAAUAUCUGCUGAAAAUCAUAGGUGCCUACUACUUUAAAGUAGUAAAAGACAUAAGAAUGAAAUCAUUAGAUGAGCCAGAAGAUAAGGUUACUGAAGAGCUUGAUGGAAAAGCCAAGCUCAGGAAAUGGCUUAAUAUGAACUUUAGAAUAGAAAUGACAGAUGGAAGAAUCCUCAUAGGUGUCUUCCUUUGUACAGAUCGGGAUGCAAAUAUUAUUUUAGGUGCAUGUUCAGAAUAUUCAAAAAACAGUGAUGGCGAACCAGAGGAGCCAAGAGUUUUAGGUCUAGUCAUGGUGCCUGGUAGACAUAUAGUCUCAAUACAAAUUGAUGACACAGCUCCACCACAGAAAUAUUAUUAUGAAGAUUAAAAUAUAUUGUAUAAUAA